GGCCGCUCAUCUGCCACCACAUGCCAACUCAGACUGGUGUGAAAACAAACCUUCUUGAUCUGAAGGCUGAACUUUGCGAGUUAGUCAGACAGCGAAAGUCACUCACCGAGACUUUGGCAGCCCUUGAACGUCAGAUCUACCUUUUCGAAGGAAGUUAUCUUGAUGACACAGCAGCCUAUGGGAAUAUCAUUAGAGGAUGGGACAGAUAUUUUCUCUCCACCGGAACUGCGGCUUCCGGGGGAGCGAAUCAACCGAAUUUAUCCGCACCGAACCGCACAGCUGGUGAUAAACGUGUACGGAAAUUUCGAGAUUCUGAUCGUUUGUUUUCUCGUUCCUCGGUCACUUCCCAAGCUUCAUUGAAUGCUCAGAACGAUGUGACAAAGACGAACGCAGACGAUUUUACUACGAGUCAGGGGCCAACCACGGAUCACCGUGCAAGCCCGAACCCCACCAUUUUGGUCAACGGGCAUGGGACACAGCAAUUUCCACAGACUAACAAAAUUUUCCCGCCUUUUAGCACCACUCCAAGUGGAAAGAAAAAGAGACGACAUCACCGGUGAUUCGCAGUAGAUUUGCAUUUCUUCGUUCACUAUUCGUUCUAUCGACUUUGUGUAUUUCUAAUAUUUUCUGUAAAUACACAUUUUUAUCAUUCUCGA